AUGGAUCCAAAGAAGUGGCCUCAAGCCUCGCGAUCCUCCUCCUCUCCGCCACAGCAGUCUCUCGCCGCAUCUGCUCUCUCUCUCUCGCCGCGAUCCUCCUCGCCGCCACAGAAGUCUCUCGCCGAAGCUUCGAGAUCCUCCUCGCCGCGCAUGCUCUCUCUCCCUCGCCGCAGCCUGCUCUCGCCUCAGCCUGCUCUCUCUCUCUCCCUCGCCGCAAUGCUCACCGCGCACCCCACCACCCGCCCGGCCGCUGGCCACCUGCCCACCGCCCUCCUCGCCGCCACAGAAGUAUAUAUUGUGUAUAUGGGAGCUCAACCCUCAUCUCAGUAUCCAACCUCUGAACUCCAUCUUAAUUUGCUUAAAGAAAUUCUUGUCAACUGUUCGCCUAGUGAGUCAUUGGUGUAUAGUUAUCAGAAGAGUUUCAAUGGAUUUGCUGCCAAACUUUCAAUUGACGAGGCUGGAAAAUUGAGCGGAAUGGUGGGAAUAGUUUCAGUAUUCCGCAGUAAAACCUUGAAACUUCGCACGACGAGGUCAUGGGAUUUCAUUAACUUCUCGCAGAGUGUUAAUAGGAAUCCCCUAUUGGAAAGUGAUGUCAUCAUCGGAAUGCUCGAUACUGGAAUAUGGCCGGAAUCCGAGUCCUUCAAUGAUCGGGGAUUGGGACCUCCGCCGAAGAAAUGGAAGGGUGCUUGCGUAAAUAUGACAUGCAACAACAAAAUUAUCGGCGCACGUUACUACAAUGGCUUCAGCGAUUACACAUCGAACGAACCGUCACCGCGCGACUUCGAAGGUCACGGGACGCACACAGCUUCCACAGCGGCCGGCCGGAGCGUCUCCCGCGCCAGCCUCUACGACCUUGCCAAGGGCACGGCGCGGGGGGCCGUGCCGUCGGCGAGGCUCGCGGUGUACAAGGUGUGUUGGUCGUUCGGGUGCACCGAUCAAGACAUCUUGGCGGCGUUUGAUGAUGCUAUCUCAGACGGCGUCGAUGUCAUCUCCCUGUCGCUCGGCAAUAUCUUCCCCGUGGAUUACUUCCAGGACUCGAUAGCUAUCGGUUCCUUCCACGCCAUGGCCAAUGGGAUUUUGACGUCGGCCUCAGCGGGGAACGAAGGGCCAGGCCAUGGCACGGUCACGAAUGUGGCACCUUGGAUGGUGUCGGUGGCGGCGAGCAGCAUCGAUAGGCACAUCGUUGACACGUUAGUCACCGGAGAUCAUGUUUCCACUUUGGGAGCUUCUGUAAACACGUUUGCCACGGAAAAUAGAUUUGACCCCUUCCUCUACUUGCCGGGAAAUGCAACUACUUUAUCAGGGGAUUGCACUUUGCUAGAUAAAAACGUGGUGAAAGGGAAGAUUGUUCUCUGCAACUUCUUCUCUUUCGAAACUUUUAAUACAGGCAUUAAAGGAUUGGUAUAUAUAGAUGACUCUUCACUUGAUGUUUCCUUCUCAUUCCCAAGACCAGCCAUUGUAGUCAGCUCCGCGGAUGGCCUUAACCUUUUGCGCUACAUAAACCGUACUAAAAAUCCUGUGGCUAACAUCCUUAAAAGUGAAGAAGUUUUUGACUCCAAGGCUCCCCUGGUUGCUUCAUUCUCAUCAAGAGGCCCCAACACCAUCACUCCUGACAUCUUGAAGCCUGAUAUAAGUGCUCCAGGAAUUGACAUUUUGGCUGCUUGGGCACCGGUUGCAUCACCGUCGGGCUUCCCCAACGACACGAGGUUCGUAGAGUUCAACAUAAUCUCGGGCACUUCCAUGGCUUGUCCGCACGUAACCGGCGCCGCCGCCUACGUCAAGUCCUUCCACCCAAACUGGUCGCCGGCAGCCAUCAUGUCUGCGCUCAUGACGACAGCUAAACCGAUGUAUCCUUCGGCCGGCCAAGACCAAUUAUCUUACGGAGCAGGCCAACUGAACCCGGUGAAGGCCGUCGACCCAGGUCUCGUCUACGACGCCGGUGCCAGUGACUACGUGCAAAUGCUCUGCAAUUCGGGCUACAACGAAACCAUGAUCAGGAUCGUCACCGGCGACGCCGGUUGCUGCUCUUCCAUAACCAAUAGAACUCCGAGGGAUCUCAAUUACCCUUCCAUGGCCUUACAUGUUCAGUCCGGAACACCCUUCACCGCAAAGUUCUUUAGAACAGUGACCAACGUCGGCGGCCCCCAAAACUGCAUGUAUAAGGCGGAGGUCUGGGCUGAUCACAGACUUAAUGUAGUGGUGAAUCCGAGUGAGUUGGAGUUUUCGAAGUUGAAUGAGAAGGGGCAGUUCACUGUGUCGGUUUCCGGCGGGCCAUUGCCAGGGAACUCGACGGCGCCGGCGACGGUCAUUUGGUCGGACGGGAAGCAUGAGGUGAGGAGUGUGAUGGUUGUCUACACAGAUUUCUCAUCUUGA